AUGGUGGAGCGAGAGGUCCUGAUCAAUGAGUUCGACGAGCUCAGAUGGGAGCAGAUGAACCUCGGAGAUGUGUUCAUCAAUAGAGGCUGGGGAAAUAUCUGCACAUUGAGGGGGAAGCCCAACUGGGCCAUAGAUGAUGCCAGAGAUGCAGAUCGGUCAAAGGCUAAGGGUACUGAUCGUGAGGGUUGGGAUGAUGACCGAAACGAGGAUUUCUACAUCCUCAUCAAGAGUGACAGUACACAGAUCGAGAGGAAGAACCUUGCUUUGUCGUCCUCCACGAACAAGACGAAGAGGAAGACGUCCUAUACGCGUAUACGCAGACUUAUCUGUGGUGAGAUACUUAUUAAGCGCACCCGCAAACAGGGACAGAAGAGACAUAUCAUCGAGCUGAGAGAGAGAGAGAGAGAGAUAGAGAGAUUAAUGUGCAGGAAGUCGGUCGGCAUGAAGUUGCAGCUGCUCUUUCUGGCAUUGUUUCUCUCAGGAAUUCACUUCAUCGACUCAUUUACUGAUCCUAAUGAUGUUGCAGUACUCAGCGCCCUGAAGGCCGCGUGGAAAAACACACCACCAAGCUGGGGGCAUUCAGAUGAUCCAUGUGGAUUACAUGGACGUUGGGAAGGAGUUACUUGCAACAAUAGUACUUUCAGGGUUACUGCCUUGUAAACAUCUUC